AUGAAGAACUUUAGCUUAGGAGCACUUCUUUUUGUAGUACUCUUUCUUGCUACUCAUUUCUCAGAGGCUAGACUUCAAGGGUGCAAGCCAAGUGGCAAUAUAAUUGGAAAAAAGCCACCUCCUGGACAAUGUAACCAAGAAAAUGACUCCGACUGCUGCAAACAGGGAAAGUCUUAUCCCACCUACAAAUGUUCACCUCCCGUGUCAGGAAGCACAAAGGCGGUCCUUACCAUUAAUAGUUUUGAAAAGGGUGGAGAUGGAGGUGCGCCAUCAGAAUGUGACAACAAAUACCACUCUGAUAACACACCAGUCGUUGCACUAUCAACUGGAUGGUACAGUGGAGGGUCAAGGUGCCUUAACAAUAUCACAGUAAGUGCUAAUGGUCGAAGUGUCACUGCUAUGGUUGUUGAUGAAUGUGAUUCUACAAUGGGAUGUGAUGACGACCAUGAUUAUCAGCCUCCAUGUCCUAAUAACAUUGUUGACGCUUCCAAGGCCGUCUGGAAAGCCUUAGGAGUGCCUGAAGAUAACUGGGGCGACUUGGAUAUUACUUGGUUCCAAGUUUGCAAACCAAGUGGAAAAAUAAAGGGCACAAAGCCACCUCCUGGUAAAUGUGUCGAGGAUAAUGACUCCUUCUGCUGUAUUCCGGGGAAGCUCUACCCCACCUACAAAUGUUCCCCUCCCGUGUCUGGAACCACCAAGGCAAUUCUAACCCUUAACAGUUUCGAGAAGGGUGGAGAUGGUGGUGUGCCAUCAAAAUGCGACAAGAAGUACCACUCUGAUGAUACACCAGUUAUCGCACUAUCAACUGGAUGGUACAAUGGAGGGAGAAGGUGCUUUCAGAACAUUACCAUAAGUUCUAAUGGCCAAAUGGUAAAUGCUAUGGUUGUUGAUGAGCGUGAUUCUACCACGGGCUGUGAUGAAGAGCAUGAUUAUCAGCCUCCAUUUGCAAAUAACAUUGUUGAUGCCACAAGAGCUGUAUGGAAAGCCUUGGGGGUGCCAAUGAAUGACUGGGGCGAGUUGGAUAUUACUUGGUCUGAUUCCUAGGCCACAACUGUUUGAAUGUAUUUUCAACCUAUAAUCUUCUCUCGUCUUUCUCUUUCUCUUUAUUUCUAUUUUUUCCUUCUGCUGUAUCCAAGUGCUGAAUGUAACAGGAAUUAAUCGUACAGUUUAGCUAUAACUGCUACAAUUCUUUCUGAUCUGCUCUUAAUACAUCAGAUUAAAACUAAA